UUUUUUUUCCCCCCUUUCUCUUUCUUUUCAUGAAGCCUGCUUCAAUCACAGAUUGUGUCAUUCCCUACAGGCUGUAGGAGACCAGGGGAGGGAGAGAGAGAGAGAGCGAGCACACAUUACAACGCAUGUAUGUGAGAAAUAGUGGGACUGUCAGGAAAGAUGUGAGGCUGACACAUGCUGUGAAGAACCGCCAGGCAUGUUUAGCUAUGAGAAAGGAGACAGCAUUUCAGGAAGAUACAAUUCUAUGCUUUUGGACUUCAGCAGCCUGAAACUUGAAGAGGAAAGAGCAGCAGCUCCUAAAACUGGGGAUUCCCAGAUUCUGAUGCCAGCUGUCCAACACCCAGAUGAGCUUCCACUACUCCGGUGAUCCAGAAUGGAGGUGCCUUGCGCCAAAGACUUCCACUGGCAGACACUGGCACCUCUAUCCUCUCCCCGUGUAUACUGCUCAUUGGCAGAGGCUGGAGGGCAAAUCUUUGCCAUAGGAGGAUGUGAUGAUGCAGGAAAUCCAAUGAACACCUUUGAAGUAUUUUCUCCGGAAGCCAACCAAUGGAGCAGCCUUGCACCCAUGCCAUCUGCGAGGGCUGGUGUCUCUGUAGUAGCUCUUGGCAAAAGGAUCAUGGUAGUUGGUGGGGUAGGAGAAAACCAGACACCCCUGAAAGUGGUAGAAGUGUACAACAUUGACGAAGGCAAGUGGAAAAAGAAAAGUUCCCUUCGUGAGCCAGCCAUGGGCAUAUCAAUUACUGCAAGAGAUUGCAGGGUCUAUGCUGCAGGCGGGAUGGGUUCAGAUCUGCGUCCACACUGUUUCCUUCAGCAAUAUGACAUGUUAAAAGACAUAUGGGUUUACCUGGCACCGAUGCCCACACCUCGAUAUGGCGCCACUUCCUUCCUGCGUGGGACCAAGAUCUAUGUACUGGGUGGCCGCCAGUCCAAAUACGCUGUGAGCGCAUUUGAGGUUUUUGACCUUGAGACACGUUCCUGGACCAAGUUUCCUAGCAUUCCCAACAAGAGGGCCUAUUCUCGAUACAUUCUCAGUGACGGGUCACUCUACAGCUUAGGGGGGCUGCGACAAGGAGGUACCUACCGCAGGCCAAAGUUUACAAAGACCGUGGAUAUUUUCGACAUGGAACAGGGAGGCUGGAUGAAGACCGAACGUUCAUGCUUUUUAAAGAAAAGGAGGGCUGAUUUUGUCGCUGGCUCAAUAAAUGGGAGAGUUGUAGUAGCAGGAGGUCUUGGUAACCAGCCGACAGUUUUGGAAACAGCAGAGAUUUUCCAUCCUGUGAAAAAUCGCUGGGAGAGUAUAAACUCAAUGCCUACUCCACGCUGUGCAUGUGCCAGCAUUGUCUUAAAGAACAGACUGUACGCUAUUGGUGGUGUGAACCAAGGUCCGAGCACGGCAGUGGAGAUGUUGAGCUUGAUGGAGACGUGAAUAAUGUGUUUAUAUGCAGGGCAGUGAGUCUGACAUGCUGUGUGUGUCUCACAAAGUGCAAGUGAGUGAUGUGUGUUGACCGUGCAUCAGGGAGUGUAAACAGACAUAGAACAAUGGAAUGUUUUAUUUAAAGCAAACUAACCCGUCAUCCAUGUAUUUUCUCAUGGGUGAGCAGCACUAUACACAUGAAUCCUGCCUAUGCCAGUUUGCCCCUGCAGGUUCUGGGGAGAGUUACAUGGAUUACACAUUACAAAGUACAAAGUACAGGGUACUCUUACUUUACAGGGUCUUAACUUCAGGUUUGUUGUUUCCUCAUUUUUUAUUUUUUUUGUUCUUGUAAAUUAUGCACUCUCACAGGCUGUGCUUGAAAGUGCUGCCCAGUAGAAUGUGGCAUUCUUCUGCUUCUGGUGUGAAAUUAGUUAACUUGUCGUGGCUCUUUUGGAUUCCCAGUUGUGGUUAAUUCACAAUCAGAAGCAGACCAGCUUCACAUUCUGCAGGACACCACUUUAAAUUCCUGCCGUGCCGAAUAAAGAAUUCAGCAAUGUUCAAAAUAAAAAAAAUGUAGACGUGAGAGCUAGGUAUUAUUGGAUAAUAUGCCACACCCAAGGAAGUGAAAGAUUAAUAUGUCAAACCGGAUUUUUCUAAUGUUGUACACUGAUCAGCCACAACAUUACAACCAGUGAAAGGUGAAGUGAAUAACAUUGAUUAUAUUGUUAUAAGGGGUGGGAUACAUUAGGCAGCAAGUGAACAGUCAGUUCUUGAAUUUCAAGAAGAGUCGGAAGAAGGAAAAAUGGGAAAAGGAAAAAGAUAUAAAAAGAUCUGAGUGACUUUGACAAGGGCCAAAUAGUGAUUAUAGACAGAUGGAUCAGAGCAUCUACAAAAGUAUGGAGUGUUCCUGGUAUUGGUUAGUACCUACCAACAGCGGUGCAUGGGAGCAAGGAAACCGAUGUACUGGCAUCAGGGUCAUGGGCACCCAAGGCUUAUUGAUGCACAUGGGGAACAAAGGCUAACCUGUCUGUUACAAUCACACAGAAGAGCUACUGUAGCUCAAAUAGCUGAAAAACAUAAUGCUGGCCAUGACAGAAAGGUGUCAGAGCACACAGUGUAUUGCAGUUUGCUACAUAAAGAGCUGCGUAGAUGCAGACCAAUCAAAUUGCCCAUGCAAAUUGUCCACCGCCAAAUGCACCUUCAAUGGGGUAGCCACAUCAGGACUGGAUCAUGGAGCAAUGAAAGAUGGUUGCCUGGUCUCAUGAAUCGUAUUUUGUUUUAGAUCAGGUGGAUAACCAUUGAGCAUCUGUGGGAUGUUCUGGGACAAAAGAAAUCUGACCUGUGGAGGCCACACUUUGCACCUUGCAGGACUGAAAAGAGCUUCUGCUCAUGUCUUGGUGCCAGAAACCACAGGACACAUUCAGAGGUCUUAUGGAGUUUAUGCCUUGACACAUAAGAACUGUUUUGGCAACAGGAGGGGGACCUACAUGAUAUUAGGCAGGUGGUUUAAUGUUGUGGCUGAUCAGUAUAUAUGGUACAUCACAAUCAAAUUAGAUAUACAUACAUCUUAUAUGUAUAUACACCUAUAUACAAUUUUCCACUAGGUAUUUUAGGAGCAGUAAAUGUCAGUACAGAGGUUUGUAUUAGUCUGAUUAAUGUACCCAUAAUACCUUGUUAUACUAUAGGUAGGUUACUAAAAAAACAAUAUUAAUCUGUGUUAACCCUUCUUUUACCAGACAAUAAAGUGA